GGACGGCUCCAUCAUGUCCGCGGCUCGUUUCAAGGCAUCUCCGGGAAACUAAAUCACACACCCUUUUAAAGUGUGUUUUUAUUUGCUGUCUGGAGUUCGGUGAGGACGCGGAGAAACGCCAAGUGAAGCACACGCGUAGAGGAUUUCAGUGGAUUUUUGAAUGCGUCCUGAAGCGCGGCGUCAUGUCUCCGAGAUAAGCGCGCCUCUCUCUCAGUCUGUGUGCGUGUGUGUUUGUGUGUGAGUGAGUGAGUGUGUGUGUGUGUGUGUGUGCGUGCGCGCGCGCGUGUGUGUGAUGUUACCUUGUGGAAGGUGUGCAACGGGAAAGACGCUGGCUGGACUCGACAUCUGCAAUUGAUCUGCCGUGUUUCUGGAGCACCAUGUCCCUGGAAUGAAUGAAGGAAAUCAAACAUGGAUAUAAUCUGGGAAAUACUGAUUAUUCUUCAAGCCAAUUUCAUCGUUUGUACAACAGCUCAGCCAGGUCCCCCCAAAAUUCAUGAGGGAUGGUGGGCUUACAAAGAAGUCGUCCAAGGGAGCUUCGUUCCAGUUCCAUCCUUCUGGGGUCUUGUGAAUUCAGCAUGGAACCUGUGCUCGGUGGGAAAGCGACAAUCUCCAGUCAACAUUGAAACCAGCCAUAUGAUAUUUGACCCCUUCCUGACACCACUGAGACUGAACACCGGGGGCAGGAAGGUGGGAGGGACUAUGUAUAACACCGGCCGCCACGUCUCUCUACGCCUGGACAAGGAGCACUUGGUGAACAUCUCUGGUGGACCCAUGACAUACAGCCACCGACUGGAGGAAAUCAGGUUACACUUUGGCAGCGAAGACGGACAGGGCUCGGAGCAUCUCCUUAACGGCCAGGCCUUCUCCGGGGAGGUACAACUGAUCCACUACAACCACGAGCUCUACACUAAUUACACAGAAGCUGCAAAGAGUCCAAACGGCUUGGUGAUAGUGUCUAUAUUCAUGAAGAUAUCCGAGACUUCGAAUUCCUUUCUGAAUCGGAUGCUGAACAGAGAUACCAUCACUAGAAUAACGUAUAAGAAUGAUGCUUAUUUACUAUCUGGGCUAAACAUCGAGGAGGUGUACCCCGAGACGGCGAGUUUCAUCACCUACGAGGGAUCGAUGACAAUCCCGCCAUGUUUUGAGACUGCGACAUGGAUUCUCAUGAACAAGCCGAUAUAUGUCACAAAAAUGCAGAUGCACUCCAUGCGGCUCCUCAGCCAGAACCAGCCUUCGCAGAUCUUCCUCAGCAUGAGUGAUAACGUACGUCCGGUCCAGCCUCUGAACAACCGCUGCAUCCGGACUAACAUCAACUUCAGCAUGCAGGGCAAGGACUGUCCCAACAACAGGGCCCAGAAGCUUCAGUAUCGCGUGAACGAAUGGCUGCUGAAAUAGACCCCUUUCAUGGAUGAGCCCAAAUAUAAAACAAGACACGGAGGGGGGAGAGAAAAGGAUGAAAGACAGCGGAGGAGCGGAACGGACUCUAGACUGCAUCACAUUUGUCCUGCCAGA